UAUAUAUUAUAUAUAUAUAUAUAUAUAUACAUACAUAAUUGAAAGAGUAAGAUUAGAAACUCUUAUAAUUGGUUUCAUGCCAAAUUAGAGAACUCUUUUAGUUGUCAUUUAGAUUACAUAGAUAUGGAUGUUGCUUUGGAACUAGAAGAUGAUCUAUUUUUUGCAGAUUUGUGCAAGGAAAUUGCUCUCCUAAUUAUGGAUGAAGAUGAAGACCCUUUUGCUUCUCAUCCUGCAGAUUCUAUUCAGGCGUUUUCUGGAGCAAUUCAUCCUCCACCACAGUUUGUUUUCCUCUAUGAGCAGCCUUUGAGAAGAGAAAGCAAGGGAACAGGUGUGUUUAUCCCUCAGGCUACACAGCCAAGAAGGAAGCACAGGAAAGGAAGAUCAAGUUCAUAUGCAAAAUUUCAAAAGCAAUCACAAGAUCCAAGAAUGGUUUCUCAAGCUCCUAAUAACAAGAAUUCUUUCAAACAGAGAAAUGGCUGAGGAUACAUAGAUCCUUCUGAAAAACUGCAUCAUUGUACAAAUUUUAUUGUUUAAUUAUUUAUGGGUCUAAAUUCUUUAGCCUCUAGCCAAUAAUUCUACUGUUAAUUAAUUUGUAUUACUCAUAUAUAGGUGAUUAGGUACAUGGGAAAACCAUAUAUACCUAAAUAUUUGUCAUUAUGUAGGAAGGUUCACCUAAGGUUUUGCAACUCUCCACUGUGGAGAAGUAUUUCGUUGUUAUCUGGUUUCAUAGAUAAGUUUGUCC